AGGCUUUGUUACAAACAGAGGUCGGACGACGGUUGUCCUGUUCGGUCUUGAAAAUGCAGAAAGAUUUGUUUGGAAUGUUUCUUUCUUGAUCGCGUGGUUGUUGUAACGUGUUGUCAAGAUUUGCCUACAUGCUCCUUCUCGAUGUGUAGAAUUAUGCGUUCACCGAGCAAAAGGAGCUCUGUGUGGAUUUAUCUCUUGGUCGUGCUGCUGGAUUGUUACUGGGAAGCGGUGUCUGGGCAGCUCUCUUACUCCGUCUCAGAGGAGGUAAAUCUUGGGACCGUUGUCGGAAAUAUCGCUAAAGAUCUGAACCUCAAUGUCCAGGAUUUGGAGUCGCGCAUGUUUCAGAUCGUUGCUGGAUCAGAGACAAAAUAUUUCGAGGUAAAUCUAAAGACUGGUGUCCUGUAUGUCAAUGAGAGAAUAGAUCGAGAGGUACUCUGCGGCGACGAGCCCAAAUGUUCACUGAGUGUAGAAGCAGUUAUUAAUAAUCCAUUGAAACUGUACCGUAUUGAAAUUACAAUCUUAGAUGUAAAUGAUAAUUCGCCGUUAUUUCUAAGAACGUCGCAGUUAUUGAAUAUUAGUGAGAGCACAGCAGCGGGGGCUAAAUUCCCCCUGCAUCCUGCUCAUGAUGCAGACGUCGGUAAAAACACUGUAAAUACCUACAAACUCAGCCAAAAUGAACACUUCUUUCUGGCUACACAUAAAGGAGAGAGCGUAACUCCCGAAUUGCUGCUUCAGAAAGUUUUAGACAGAGAGAAACAGCCUGUGAUCAGACUCACACUGAUCGCCAUUGAUGGAGGAAAUCCUGCUAAAUCUGGCACUAUGGUAAUUACAGUCAAUGUCUUGGACAUUAAUGAUAACGCUCCUGUAUUCAGUCAAACUCUGUACAAGGCCAGUGUGUAUGAGAAUGUAAAAAUAGGCACAUCGAUAAUAACGCUAAAUGCUACUGAUUUAGAUGCAGGAAAAAAUGGACAAGUAUUGUAUUCAUUCAGUGAAGUAGGCAGAGGAAAACAAACAGAUCUGUUUGCUAUAGAUGAAAAAACUGGGACUGUAACAAAUAAAAAGAACAUCGACUUUGAAGAAAAUAAUGCUUUUGAGAUUCGAGUACAGGCCAGUGAUGGGGCUUCCUCACCAAUGACCUCGCAUGCCAAGUUAUUGAUUGAAGUUUUAGACAUUAAUGAUAAUGCACCUAAAAUUUCAGUUACAUCACUGUUAAACACUGUGAAAGAGGACGCGUCCAUUGGCACCGCCAUUGCACUUGUUUCAGUAUUUGAUAAAGACGGAGGGAAAAAUGGGAUGGUGAACUGUAAGAUUUCCAAUAAUAUACCUUUUAAAAUAGAGUCAAAUUAUAAGAAUUCCUACUCGCUGGUGGUGGACGGUCCUCUUGACAGAGAGAGCGCAUCUCAAUAUAAUAUCAGCAUCACUGCUACUGAU